UCUUUGCCCUCUUCAUAUAAUAUUGUCUUUUAACCUUAAGCUUCACCAUAAAGAUAUCUUAUUUUUUAAAAGAAAAAUUAACCAGUAUAUUGAAGAUGGAUAAUGUUAGAAAAUUUACAUUUUUACAAGCUUGUGACACAUUUUAUCUUAUUGACAGAUGGUUUUGACAAAUGUCAGUCAUUGUAUUACUACCUUGCUACCUACACUUCUCUGAAAGCACAAGGUUAAGGACACAUUGCGUUGUGCUGCUCUGAUGCACUGACUCUUCCAAAAGAUAGACCAUGAAAGGUUGGUGCUGCAUGCAACCAAGUCAAAGGAGAAGACAGGCAAGCAGAACCUCUGCCCACCCCCACUUUGCUCUCUCUCAUAAUUCAUGAUGACUGUGAGUGAAGCCCUGAUGUAUGUGAGGAUCACUCCCCAGUGGCUCUGGCUGGGUGUAUUUCUCUUCCUUUCUGGAUGGCCCCAGGCUGGACACUCCCAAUACUCCAGCCCCCCAGAAGUGGUGAUUCCUUUGCAGGUCACUGGCACUGGUAGAGGCAUGAGUCCUCCAGGAUGGCUGUCCUACAGCCUGCACUUUGGGGGCCAGAGACACAUUGUUCACAUGAAGGCCAAGAAGCUUCUGAUGUCCAGACACCUGCCUGUGUUCACUUACACUGAUGAAGGUGUUCUUCUUGAGGACUAUCCUUUUGUUCCAGAUGACUGCUACUAUCAUGGGUAUGUGGAAGGGAAUCCAGAAUCCAUGGUUGCUCUUAGCACCUGUUUUGGAGGCUUUUAUGGAACACUACAGAUAAAUGACAUCGCUUAUGAAAUCGAGCCCAAAGAGUAUUCUCUUACAUUUGAACAUCUGGUUUAUAAAAUGGCCAGUGAGGAGACACAAUCUCCACUCUUGAGAUGUGGAUUAUCAGACAAAAAAAUAGCACAGCAGUUGAAGCUUCAAGAGAGUGAUAAUUACAUUCUGAUGCAGAGUGGGUAUCUGGGCUGGUGGAUUCACACAUGGCUUCUUGAUCUGGGAUUGGUGGUAGACCAUCAACGAUUUGUUUUUCUUGGAAGAAAUAACUCAAGGGUAAUGUUUGAUAUUUUGAACAUUGUUAAUCAAGUAAAUUUUCUUUUAAAAAGUAUGGGUAUCAAUGUACUUCUAACUGGACUUGAUAUCUGGGAUAAAUCAGACCUUGUGCCAAUAUCUGAUGACAUGCCUGCUGUCCUAGAAGCAUUUCGCAGGUGGAAGAUACGUGAAUUUGAUAGACGUGUAACAAAUGAUCUUGGACAUCUCCUUUCACACCAAAUUUAUAAAGAUGGGUACCUUGGCUUAGCUUAUGUGGGAACUACAUGUAAUACUCAUUAUAAUUCUGCAGUUGAUAGAGUCCAUUCAAGGUCUUUGCAAAGGAUUGCCCAUACUGUGGCCCAUGAGUUAGGACAUAAUUUGGGUAUGAGCCAUGAUGAAAUAGUUGGACCAUGUGCAUGUGAGCAGCCUGUAUGUAUCAUGGCUGCAUUUGACAAUCACUCCACCAAAUUCAGCAACUGCAGUUAUUCUGUUGUCUGGAAACUCAGUUAUGCAGCAAAAUGUGUUAGAACUAUUCCAACACCACUGGAUUUAAUAAGAGGUAUACUUCCACCACCACGGAAAUACUGUGGGAAUCGUAUGGUGGAACAAGGAGAGGAGUGUGACUGUGGAACCGUAAAAUUGUGUGCAGAAGAUCCAUGCUGUUUUCCAAACUGCACUCUAAUAUAUGGGGCUCAAUGUGCCUCUGGGCUUUGUUGCAAAGAAUGUAUGUUGAUGCCAUCAGGCAGUGUGUGUCGAGAACAGAGUGGUGAAUGUGACCUUCCUGAGUGGUGCAAUGGAACUUCACAAGAAUGUCCAAAUGAUGUGUAUGUAUUGGAUGGAAUGUCUUGCCCAGGCAGUGGCCACUGCUAUGAAAAAAAAUGUGUCAUCCGUGAUGAACAGUGUAGGCAAAUUUUUGGACAGCAAGCCAAGAGUGCAAAUCAGACAUGCUACAUGGCAAUAAACAGCCAAGGUGACCGUUUUGGUAAUUGUGGCAAUAACAGCCAGGAGUAUCUAAAAUGCAGCACCAGUGACAUCCUCUGUGGGAGAGUUCAAUGUGAGAAUGUGACAGAAAUUCCCUCUUUGUCUAAUCAUACCACUGUACGUUGUUCUCAAAUCCAAGGUACUUUCUGCUGGGGUACUGACUAUCACUUUGGGAUGACUGGGCCUGAUAUUGGUGGUGUGAAAGAUGGCACAUUUUGUGCUGACAAAAACAUAUGCAUCAAGCAGAGGUGUGUCACAAUGCCACUUUGGACAAGCAAUUGUUCGCCCGAGACCUGCAACAUGUCAGGGAUCUGCAACAAUAAAAAUCAUUGCCAUUGUGAUUAUGGAUGGAGCCCACCUAACUGCAUGACAAAAGGCAAUGGCGGGAGUGUUGAUAGUGGUCCACCUCCUUAUCAACCCCCGAAGAAGACGGACAGCACCAAGAAUUAUGGGCUUCUAUUUCCUUUAAUCUUUUUUAUUCUUUUGCUUCUCAUAUUGAUCUUGUUAGCCUUGUUAAGGAAGAUGAUGAAAACAAGUGAUACACCAGAGCAAAAUGUUCAAACUGAUACACCAGAGCAAAAUGUUCAAACUGAUACACCAGAGCAAAAUGUCAAAACUAAUAUACCAGAGAAACCUGUCAAAACACAUAAAAAAUAGCAUGAUGUUUAGAGAAAAAAAACCCAAUGAUCAAACUUCAGUUCAGGCAGGAGGUCUCAGUGAUUUAACUUCACCUGAAAUAGAAGAGCAAAAUUUUACAAUUUCAAACAGCAAUCCCAAAUCAUAAAGGAAUUUCCCAUGUGUUGUCUUGGCUGUAGAAAUGUUCUUAUAUGUAUGUCAAAUACUUACAGAAUGUUCUGGACAUCUGUUACAUUCCAGGAUCAGAGUCAUUCACCAUUAAAUAAAGGCAAUUCCUAGCAUA